UUCCCAUAAACAUAGCCAUUUGUCAUGGACCUUGUCGUCUUUAUCUCUUACAAGACAACGUCAAAACCUUCAAAUCCGACACUUGCUCUCUACGUUAACCAAACAAAUAGCACAACGCAACAUAGUAGCACCAAACACAGGUCUGAAAAAAUGAAACCAGAAACGCUGACUCUGGUUCUGGUGAACCUUGCGGGGAUCAUGGAGAGAGCUGAUGAAUCUUUGUUGCCUGGAGUGUACAAAGAAGUUGGUGCAGCCCUGCACACAGACCCAACUGGGUUAGGCUCUUUGACCUUGUUUAGGUCCAUUGUUCAGUCGUCUUGUUACCCAAUUGCAGCUUACCUGGCGGUGCGCCAUAACCGUGCCCAUGUUAUCGCGCUUGGUGCAUUUCUUUGGGCUGCUGCUACCUUCCUUGUUGCCUUCUCCUCCACUUUCUUUCAGGUUGCAUUAUCCAGAGCUCUGAAUGGGAUUGGCCUUGCAAUAGUUGCUCCUGCAAUUCAAUCCCUUGUUGCUGACUCAACUGAUGAUAGCAACCGUGGUGUGGCUUUUGGAUGGCUGCAACUAACAAGCAACCUUGGUUCAAUUAUUGGUGGUCUCUUAUCAGUAAUGAUAGCUCCUAUAACAUUCAUGGGAAUUCCUGGUUGGAGGAUUGCCUUCCAUCUUGUCGGACUAAUCAGUGUUGUGGUUGGUAUUUUAGUCCGCCUUUUUGCAAAUGACCCGCACUUUUCAGAUGAUAGGACAAAAACUAUUGACCAAGUUUCAAGUAAAUCUUUUUGUUCAGAAGUAAAGAACCUCGUUCAGGAAGCCAAAUCUGUUAUAAGGAUUCCAUCUUUCCAGAUUAUUGUUGCCCAGGGGGUUACAGGUUCAUUCCCCUGGUCAGCUUUGUCAUUUGCCCCAAUGUGGUUAGAGCUUAUUGGAUUCUCCCAUGGGAAAACCGCAUUCUUGAUUGCCUUGUUUGUAAUUGCCAGUUCCCUUGGAGGGCUGUUUGGAGGUAGCAUGGGGGAUUUCCUAUCUAUUCGUCUUCCAAAUUCAGGGAGGAUAAUUCUAGCUCAACUAAGCUCAGCAUCAGCCAUCCCUCUAGCUGCAGUACUUCUGCUUGGUUUACCUGAUGAUCCAUCCACAGCAGUGAUGCAUGGUUUGGUCCUGGUCAUCAUGGGGUUGUGCAUAUCAUGGAAUGGUCCAGCUACAAACAAUCCAAUUUUUGCAGAGAUCGUUCCAGAGAAAUCUCGAACUAGCGUCUAUGCUCUAGACCGAUCUUUUGAGUCCAUACUCUCGUCAUUUGCUCCACCUGUAGUUGGGAUAUUAGCUCAGCAUGUUUACGGUUAUAAACCUGUUCCUGAAGGAUCUACUGCAUCUGAAGAAAUUGCUACAGAUAGGGAGAAUGCUGCAUCAUUGGCUAAGGCACUGUACACAUCAAUAGGAAUUCCCAUGGCUCUCUGUUGUCUCAUCUACUCGUACCUCUACUCCACUUAUCCAAGAGACAGGGCGAGGGCAAGAAUGGAGGCACUAAUUGAAUCAGAAAUGCAGCAAUUAGAAUCUGAUGAUUGGCCUGCUGGUGGAGAAUAUUCCCAAGUUCAGUUAUCUGGAUCAGACGUGACAUACAGUAAGGAAAGAAGUGUUAUUGAAGUGGAUUACGAGGAAGAUGGUCUUGAUCUUGAUGAAAAUGAUGAGAAGAUAUUACUUCACCGCCAGUUGACAUUCUCCAAUUUAGGUGAAUAGCUAAAGAGGCCUUUAAUCUUCAUGACAAUGAUGAGAACAUACGGUUUUUCGUGUUACAGUUUUUGCUUCUGGUGAAUAUAAUCCCCAGAAAGCUGAAGUUGGCUCUAUCUACUGAUCUGAAAAUUUGAUAAAGUCUUGGUGUAAAUCGUGAAGAACUUUCAAGGAUUCUGAAGAAGUGAAAGAUUUGUCCAUGAAUUUUGUAGAAGCCAUAUAAUAUAGGGUUUGGUCGAGAUCUUCAACCGGAGAUAAAUUUUGGAAAGACGUCAACAAGAACCAAUUAUACGUAUAAAAAUGUCAUAAAACAUAGGAUUUAGAAUUUAUCUUUCGAUUUGAUCUAGUUCCAAUUCCCUAUUUUGAAUUACAUGCUGUGAAGCAUACCAAAGCAUUAAACGAACAGUGAAUUCUGUAAAUUUGUUUUGCGAUAUUUUGAGAAUUAAUUAAAAUUUCUGUAAGUGAAGAGAACAUUAAAGUUUA